AUGAUGUCUUUUGGAACUUUGCACCGAGGAAUGAGAAUGGAUGAAAGCACAUUCUUUGAUGAUGAUGAGCCGGUGGUUGUCGUAGAGAGUGGAGACCAAGAUUUGAUAUCCCAACAUCAACAUCCAGCCUCUCUCGUACUCUACUUGAAAGACUCUCGUAACCGCGAUUUCGUAGUCAAACGACAAAUGAUUCAAGACUUGAUCAUGGUUGAUGAUUUUGAAGGCUUGAUGAAAAGAAUUGCUCUGCUCUUUGAAACAUCGAAUACCUCUAGCAUCAACCAAAUGUUUCACCACAAUUCUGAUAACCGUCCAACUCUUUCAUCUUCCAACGAUUUGAUGAUGAAAAUUGAGUACCGUGUUGGAUCCUCUAAGAAGCUACCUCUCACCAAAGAUUAUGAGUGGAGAGAAGCUCUUCAAAGAUUGUUGCAAUCAAAUUGUACCUGCAUGGAAUUAUUCGUCAAGCUUAAGAGCAAACAGAAAAUCAAGGGCUCUUCUGCUUCUCCCUCUCUCGUGAGAAGAGUCAUUGUUCCAAGAUUUCAAUCUGGUUCAGACACUUUGCUUAGCAGCCGUGUAUUGUACCAAAAGAAAAGACCCAAGUCACUUUUCAAGCUCAUGGAUAGAGAUGUCUCUCGCUCUUUCGCUAGUUGCUUCAACAGAAUAAUUAUCGAUGCGAGUAGCAUGAUAUUGGCUGUCAAAGAAUUGAAGUUCCUAUUUCUUCACAAGAACAGAAAGGAGCAAGCAGAGAGAUUUAUCAUCCAAAUGUGCUCUCAUUUGCACCAUGUCCAUUCACUCAAGCUCAUGCACAUUUGUUUCAACUCAACAAGCAAUCUUGUCAUUCCAGAGAAUCAGAGAGAUGACACAUUUGUUGUGUCAGUUGCUCCAGCAUUCUCUUUCGUGAAUGAACAAGUGGUUGAGUCGGCAAACAGGCAGAUUAUUGCUGGUUAUUUGGAAUCUUGCCUGGUCAUUACUAACGACUGUGUAUUGACAAAGGAGAUGAAGAACAUGGGAGUUAAAUGUUGCUCACCAAAAUCAUUUUUGAAGCAAAACUUUAAAGUCUUCUCUCGACUCAAUAAGGAAAUGAAGAACAUGAACAAGAAGAAUGCUUUUAGAGAGUGGAUUACCAGUCACAUCGACAUACCAAUGUUCAACUAA